AGCGUUUGCGUAAAUAUCAUAAUAAUUAUAUUGUGUUUUUGGCUUUUCAAUCUAAUCGUUAUUAUUGUAUUAUUUAUUCUUAGCGCUACAAAGACUGUGCGAUUUCUGCUAGAAUAGAAGCUCUGUAAAGAAAAUCACGAGUAACGAUGUUCUCGUUAAUCAAGACUUAGUUAAAUCAUAAACAAAAUAACAAGUGCAUCAAAAUUUCUUAAGGCCAGUGGCGACAGAUACUGAAGAAAGCCAACCCUCCUGAUGUCGGCAGCGUCCGCUCGCAGCCAGCCGGCGCUGGGCCGGGACCUCGCCAACGGGCGCGCGGAGGACAGCGAGCGCUGGGACCAGCUGUUCCUGCCGCCGCCGCUCCGGAUUGAAGACAGGGUCAGGGCGCAAAAGAUCGAGUCCCGAUUAUCAGGGAUGAUCCUAGGUGGUUUUACCCUGCGGAGAGUGGCAGACGCCUUCAACAGAGAGAUGGACCUGGGGCUCGCCAGGAACCCCAAGGAACCCUCCAGUUUGCAGAUGGAGAACACGUUUAUCCCUGAACUGCCUAAUGGAACAGAGGAAGGAAAAUUCCUGGCGUUGGACCUGGGCGGCACCAACUUCCGAGUGCUGCUGCUGGAGCUAGUGGACGGGAAGCUGGUCAGGGAGGACGUAAAGCAGUACCACAUCAAUAACGCGUUGAGAUUGGGCCCUGGCGAGGAUCUGUUCAACUUCCUGGCUGACUGCGUUUUGGAUUUCGUCAGGUCAGAAGGUAUCGAACACGAGGAUUUACCAUUGGGUUUCACCUUUUCCUUCCCGUUGGAGCAGACUUCGAUCACGUCUGGACAACUCAUCACCUGGACUAAGACCUUCAAAUGUGGCGGGAUGAAAGGCGUCGACGUGGUGGACCUUCUUCAGAGGUGUCUUGAUGCAAGAAACCUGAAUAUCACAGUCCAGGUCCUCCUUAAUGACACAACUGGGACGCUCGUGGCUGGAGCCUAUGAGGAUCCCACUGUUGGGGUGGGCGUGAUUCUAGGCACUGGCUCCAACGGCUGCUACAUGGAGCGCGCCUCCCGCAUCACGCAGUGGGGGGAGACGCACCACGACAGGGUCAAGGACGUGUGCGUGGACAUCGAGUGGGGCGCAUUCGGGGACAACGGCUGCCUCGACUUCCUGCGCACUGACAUCGACCGCGACGUCGACGCGCUCUCGCUGCUCGUCUCCUCAUUCACGUUCGAGAAGUACAUCGGCGGGAAGUACCUUGGCGAUGUGCUGAGCGUGGCCCUGGGAGCACUCGCCCGCGACGGAUUGUUCCCGGCGUCUCCCAAACCCGGGGUACUGCUCACCGCGCAGCUCAGCCUCAUCGAGGAGGAAGCGUGUGCGGGCCAGCUUACUCAAACCAUGCAGGUGCUGCAGGAAGCCUGCGGGACGCCGGUGGCGGAGGAGGACGCGCACAUUGCGCAGUAUGUCGCACAAGUUAUUUCUAACAGAGCAGCGCAACUUGUUUCAGUCUGUAUAUCCACAAUAUUGCGGCGCAUGGAUCGGCCGUACGUGUCGGUGGCAGUGGACGGCUCCGUGUUCAAGAAGCACCCGCGCAUCCGCCAGCUCAUGUACCGGUACGUCGGCCUGCUGGCGCCGGAGCACAAGUUCUCCCUCCUGGCGGCUGAAGACGGCAGCGGCAAGGGUUCAGCGCUGACGGCGGCCAUCGCCGCUCGCAUCGCCGCGCGUUCUCCGUAACACAAACCUACAUAAUCUUCUUAGUUAUGAAUUCAACAGAUGUAGGUUUCGUAGCCGAAUUUGGAAAUUUAACAAAUCAAAUAGUCUUCCGUGGCAGUGAAGCGUAAUUUACUUGAGAACAAAAUGUUUUCAAACUUUUAAUAGUUACUUUCGAUUUGCACAGGAUUCUAUAUCUAUAAAGAUCUACAUAUAGCGGGGCUCGUAGGGGCUACGGUAAUAACUACUGACCUACUAGUAGAAAAUUACUUGCCAAGUAACAAAUAGUUGUGUCGACGUUUAGUAAUAAAUGUUAUUAAAGUUGAAGAAAUGGUUAUUUUAAAAAUUAGAAUUCUGAAUUAAUGUGCUAUCAGGGUAGAGCUCUUAAAUAUUUGUUAAAGGCUGCCUUGGUUCUUGCUCUGCUUGUUUUAAGUACCUUUUUUUAUUGAAAAUCCUCAUGGUUUUUAUUAUUAUAAUUCUUUUAUUAUUUUAACAAUUGUAAUGUAAGCCAUCGUCAAUGUGGCUGUGUUGUGUAGAGAGAUCAUGGUCAAUUCAAUCAGUUUAUCAAUAGAGCCAUACCUGUUAUAGGUAGAUAAGUUAUAGGAAACCUCUACUCCUAAUUGGAGUCCAAUGUACCUACUCUUAGUUUGCAAAUAAAUGAACAUAACAAAGUAAUCACUUUAAUUUCCUUUGGAACAUGCUAUUGUAAUGAGUUCUUUAUUUUUUUGAUAAACUGUGAGAUUAUAGACAAGUUGAAUUUUAAUGCAUUUCUAUACGAAUGGCUGAUACGAGUAGAGUGAAUGAAUACUUUAAUUAAGCCUUAGUGACAUGGAUGACACAGCGGUAUAUAGAUGUGAAACUCGCAGGUCGAGAAAUUAAAUUUAAAUUAAAAUAGAAUGUAAAAAUAAGUAAUAGAAUAGUGUAAAAUAUUAGUUACUUAGGUUUAGUUAAUUAUGGAGGACUUUGGGUACAUCCUUAUUUAGAUUCCACAAAUGAUAAUUUUUCAAAUUAUGAUUAUCAGAUAAAAAUGUGAGUGAUAAAGACAAACAAUUUUUAGCAUAUUGUAAAUAGUGGUUAAUAAGUUUAAGCUCGUAACUUAUGAAAUGUUAAAAUUGUUUAAUUUCAUAAUAAUGUGCAAUUAAUCAUGUUGAUUAUUUUAAUUGAUUUUAUAUUUAAUGAACCGAAAUAUGAUUGAAAACGAUUAACGCAGUUCCUAAUACUUUGGUAAACCUUAGAAAUUAACCAGAUUCCAAUGAGUAGCAACCCAUAAUUUCUUGUCACGGCUGUAUUUUGAGAUAGUUGUAAUAAGGACAUUUAGAUUUAAGCGUAUACAUAUCGUGCCAUAUCUUCUUGUUUUAUUUAUUUCUUGCCAACUAUUGCUCUAUUAUUCGCUCAAUUUUUUCCAGAGCAAUGGAAAAUUGUUAUCUUGAAUUUGUUUCUGGAAGUUGGUCAAUCAAUAUCUGUUUCCAUUGACAUUUUUUAAUUUGUAGUCAGCUUUGCUAGUCCAUCAUAUGAUGGAAUUUAUAAUAUUUUAUGUAUUAUGUGUGUCAGCAUUCCUUAAUCAAAUUUUCACCUCUUAUACGAAAAAAAGUAUAAGUGAAAGACGGUGGUUAGGCAAAUUUUUAUAGUGCCUCCUAGCCUUGGGAUUUUUUAGUUUAUGUACAAGUGAUUUGUCAUUUACUCUAUGAUAAUCGCAGAUUUUUUAGGAUUUCACGUUGGUUCCAAUAUUUUCUUUUCAAGUUUAUUUCCUAAAUUCAAUUCACAUUAUCUAACUACUUAAUUUUUGUUAAAAGAAGCAAGUUGUACCAAAUUGUUAUCAACUGGAAUUGUAAUCUUGUUAUUAGCUAUCACUUGGUGACGCAUUAUAAUUGAUAUUAAUGAUAAAAUCGACUUACAGAACAGUCAGUGCAAAUUGUUAUGUUUAAUUCCCUACAUUUAUUACUAUUGUUAUGCAGAUAUCCCUAUUUAUCUACGUGUUUUGUUCAAAUUUGUAUAAGGUGUAAUUUGUUUAUAAAAAAGAAUAGGACCAUAAUAUCUAUUUCCCAUUGAUGUCGUAAAAGGCGACUAAGAGAUAGGCUUAUAAAAGAUUCGGGUUGUUCUUUUAGGCGAUGGGAUAGCAACCUGUCACUAUUUGAAUUUCAAUUCAUUAAGCCUAAAAGCUGAACGUGGCCUGUCAGGCCUUGUCUACCCCGCAAGGGCUAUAAACGCGAUGAAUUUUUAUUUGCUCAUAUCUGACAAAACUGUUCAAAGUUGAUCUGUGUAAGGUUUCCUAACAUCUAGCAGCUAUUGUCAAUUAUUUUCUAUAAUAUUGUUUUAAAACUGACUACUAUGAAUGAUGUAGGUUUGUUGUUAGAAGGGGUGAGAUUCAGCUUUAUUUUUCUACUUAUUUGUAGAAAUGUGUUAUGAACUAUAGAAUAAAUGUUUAAUACGUUUAAGUUA